AUGCAGCUUGCUUUGUCUUUACCAAGGCAUGCAGGAGUGUGUAUGCUGCUGCUAGUGUCAACUCUGCCUCUUUGGGAGCAUGUGGCCUCCAAACCAACUGGCCCUUUGUCCAUGGAAGCCCUGUAUAAUCGUGUGGUCGACCACUCUCAUACCACAUUUGUCCUGGCUGCAGAUAUAUACCGUGAAUUUGAUUUAAAGUUUUUCAAGAGAAGUUGGUUUACAGACAGGCCCCUCAGCCUAUGCCACACAGCCCCCAUCUAUACUCCAGAGACUCGUGAGCAAGUCCAUGAAACAAAAACCGAAGACCUUCUGAGAGCAAUCGUCAACAUUACUCAUGCCUGGGAAGAACCACUGAAACACCUGUUGUCUGCAGUGCCUACUCUCUCAGGAGCAUCUGAUAAUAUGCUGAAAACAGCCAAAGCUGUGAAGGACAGAAAUCAUAUACUUCUGGAGGGGCUUGAGACCAUCCUCAAUAGGACCCAGGUUGAAUAUGAAGAUGAUGCCUACCCUGAUUGGUCCGGCGUGUCAGAUUUACAGUCAACUGAUGAAGAGACUCGCCUCUUUACCUUUUUUAACCUGUGCCGUUGCCUGAAAAGGGAUACACAUAAGGUUGACACUUUUCUCAAGGUCUUGAGGUGCAGAGUUGCCUAUAAUAAUGAGUGUAUUUUUUAUCAGUGA